ACCCACAUCACACAGUAUUUAUCGUAUUUAUUAAUUGUCUUAAUUGUAUGUAGUAUUUUUUUAUUUAGUUAUUAAAUUAAUAUUAUUUAUAGUCUUUGUAUAUUUAUUUAAAAACAAAAUUUAUACUUUUAUAUAAAUCUCGUUGAAAUGUCAAGAUGUUAUUCUGUUAUUCCUGAUGUUAUAAUAAAUUCACCGCAAUGAUAAAUGAAGGAAUCGACUUCAGCUUGAAUUAAUAAUAAUGUGAAGAAUUAUCAAAACAGUCUUUUAUUUGACAACAAAGUAAUAAAGAAAAAUUGUUCAACAAAUAAAAAACAAUGGAAAAAGCAGUUAAAUAUCGGAAUAAAGAAUGUGUAGGCGUUUGUGAAGCGUCAACAAGCACAAAACAAUUUUCAAAUGAAAUGAACAAAUUUCAACAAUUGAAAAAUUCUUCUCCUUAUUGUUUAAUUAGUCACAUGUAUCAAUUAGAAUUAUCUACUUUGUGUUUAUUGAAAAAAUCUUCAUUUAAAAAUUCCAAAGAUUCAAUAAUAUUUCAAAAUUCUGUAAGCGGUCAAUUUGACAAUAUUAUCCUGUGUUUUAGAGAAGAAGCAAUUUGCAUAAAAAUACAACACGUUGAUACGUAUUAUAUAAAAGCAAGUUUGGAUUUUGAUUCAUUUUUUUCAAAUAGAAAUGGAAAUUUUACACUGAGAAAUUAUCUCAAUGAAUUUGCAACUUUUCUCUUUCAUUCAAAUUUUAAAUUAAAUCUACCGAAAUAUUUAAUAAUCUACACAAAUUCAGCUUUAAUUCUGACAAUGGAUAAAAAAUUGAAACAAAUUGAAACAACAAAUUGUGAUCUUCAACUUACCAAUGUCAAUUCAAAUAUUCACAAUAUUUUAGUUGAUUUAUUCAAAAGUAAUGGAGAAUUUUAUCAAUUUGCUAAUGAUGAAAAAACACGAAAUCAAUUAUUCAAAUUGGUAAAAUUUAAAGACAACAUUAUCAGGGAAAUAAUAAGAAAAGGAUUUUCUGUUGAAGAAAUAAAACAAAAAUUUUUUGAUCGAUUAAUUUUUGCUGUUAAUCAACCAAAUUUAGAGGAAUUAAUUGAUAAUGUUCGGCGAGAAAUUAGAAAAAAAAAUGAAAAUUUAAACAAACUUAGAAACGAGAUAAUUAGUCAAUUGAUAGAGGAUGAGAAAAAGGAAAAUAUAAAUAUCGAAAAUAUCCAAUCUACUAUCUACAGUUUUAAUUUAUUUAUGUUUUGCAUUCAUGAUAUGUUUAUGAAUGAAAAUAUUGUUGCGAUUAAAUUCGAAGAGAGAAUUUAUAAUAAAAUCGCUUUUAACAAUAUUAGUAUAAAUUUUAGAAAUAAUUUUUUUUACCUAAGGCCUCUCGAGGUAGAUGUCAAUAAAUUAUCUCUUAUGGAAUUAACGAAACAAAGAGACAUUUUCUCAAUUGAUACACAUUUUUCAUUCUUUAUUGAAGAAUUAGAUGAAAAUCUCGAUUAUUUUGUUAUUUACACAAAUUUAAGUGUCACACUACUCAGGGAAUUAAUUUUAGGAAAUAAAUUUCUAACACAAGAUAUGGAGGUGAUUCAUCGUUCAGAAUUUAAUCAGCUAGAUGUGAUGGAAAAAAAAUUUGCUAUUUUCAAAAAUUCCUAUAUUAAUACAAAUAAUCUUUAUCAAUUUUCACAAGAUGAAGCGGAAAAAAUUAUGGAUUUACUGACAAUUCCAGCUUGUUUUCACUCGAGAAAAGAAGUAGGAAAAUUUUCUAAUUUCACCGAAAAUGAAGUUAAGAAAUUGUUUCUCAAUAAAAUCGUUUUUGCUGUCAAACAAUCAAAUUCUGACGAAUUGUAUAAAUUUCUCGAAAGUAAUGUAAAUAUUUCUCAAGUUCCUUAUGAUUUUGAAAAAUUGUACAAAAUCACAUUGCGUUAUUUACAGUCACAUGAAUUUUUCGGUUUAACAAAACAUUUAAUGCGUAAAUUUUUUAAUGAUUUAAAAAAUAACAAACCACCAAUUCAAAGUAAAUAUUUCAUUGAAGAAAUUGAUUUUGCAAAACGUGUCAUUGGCUUAGUGGAUGUACCUGAAUUUUCACAAUUUAUGGAUUUUUUAACAAAAGGCAAGGGGAAAGUUUAUUUAAAUGUUCUGAGAAGAAAUAAAAUAAAUCUCUAUUCAAUAUCAAGAAUUAUUGCCGGAACAAAGAGAUGUGAAGCAAAACAAUCAUUUUGUGAUUUGUACAAUUUAUGUUUUGACAAUCAAGAAAAUAAAACUGCAUUUUUAAGAAUUUUAGAAAAAGGUGGAUUUAAUAUAAAUAAUAUUUCUAAUAUGCUCCAAGGUUCAGGAUCAAGUGGUGCAAAAAUACUUGAUUCUUUUUUCAAUCUUUGGUUCGAUGCUUUUGGAAAUCCAACAAAUUGUUUAAAAUCUCUGAAAAAUGAAAUAAAUUUAUCACGCAUUACAUUUCUUUUUAGCAAUACUGGAGCCAGAUGUAUUACUAUAUUCAAAGAAAUUUAUGCUCUUUGGUUUGAUGAUUAUGGAAUUAAAACGCCUAAUUUGAAAAAAUUAGAAAAAAAUGCAAUUAAUUUGUCAACUAUAUGCAAUGUAUUACAUAAUUCAGGAGAAUCAUUUCCAAUUUUUUACAAACUUUGGUUUGAUAAAAAUGGACAAAAAACAUUGCAAUUGUGGAAAUUGGAACAAAUUGGAAUUAGUCUUUUGAAAGUUUGCAGAGUAUUGGAAGGAUCGGGAAAAAAUGUAUCGGAAGCAUUUCGAAAAUUAUACAAUCUUUGGUUUGAUUCUAAAGGACAUAAAACAUUUUAUUUACGAACAUUGGAAAAGGAGAGAGUAAAACUUGAAAUUGUUUUUGAUAUUUUAAAUCGAACGGGAAUUCAUGCUGCCGCUAUUUUUGAAAAUCUUUACGCAAUUUGGUUUCACAAUAAUGGGGAGAAAUCUUAUUAUUUAAAAAUUCUCGAAAGAAAUGGAUAUCGUUUGCCAAAAAUUUGUAAAUAUUUAAGUGGUAAAGGUUGUUUAGCUUUGGAAGAGUUUAAAAGACUUUUAAAUUUUUACAUAAAAACAUAAUUAAAAACAAAAUAAAGAAAAAGAGGAGCAUGUUUUUUGUGUAUGAUGAUAUAAAUUAUUUUAUUAGUAAGAAGAAUUAGAAAAAGAGAUUUAGUUACGUGUAUAAAAAGAUAAUUGUGUUUUUAAUAUAUUGUAAAAAUUAGUUUUUCUUGUGGAUUUGAAAAACUACUGUUAAAAAAUAUUGUUAUACGUUUCUAUGUGAGAAAGUACAUUUUUUAUAAAAAAAAAAAUUUAUGUUAUUAAUAAUUUUAAAUAAAUUUUGAUGUUUACUUA